CCGGACCUGGAGGAAGAGGAUCGCGCCGGAGCAUCGCGGGACCGAGGGCUGCGGAGAGUCCCCAGGGGCUUCCUCCCCAGUUGCCCGCCAAGCGCGUGCUGGCAGCCUAGUGCGUGCUAGCGACCUUACUGGAGGGCUGGAGCAUCAGGACCGAGCGCACACGAGGCACUGCCCCGUUCGCGUUGUCUGAUCGUAAGGCGCCGAGUGGACCGGCACUUUGGUUGCAGAGCCUGGAUUUCCGUGCAGAAACACGGGUCAGGUCACUGUAGCCGGCACCCGGAGACAGCUGCGGGCGACCUCGGGGUCCAGCUUAUCUGCCGCUGCUCUUCUGUGCUGAACCUGCAGAAGACUCUGUCUGAGGCCUUCGAAGAUUUUCAUCUUCUGAUCUUCUGCCCAGGGUACAACAGGACUGCCAUGACCCAGGUGUGCACCAUUGAAAAUCAACAUUAAGAUCAUCACUAAAGCCCAAUUCUAGACACAUUGGGUUACUCAGUUCCACUGCCUCUACUGCUGCCCCUGCCACUGCUGCCUCAGAGUUAAGAGUCUCACCAGCGAGAUUCCCCUUUCUACAGCCAUGAUGUCUAGGCCAGAGUCUCCGCAAGAGCCAGAACAGCUGCGGAAAAUCUUCGUUGGAGGGUUGAGCUUUGAAACGACCGAUGCAAGUCUGAGAAACCACUUUGAGCAAUGGGGAACACUCACAGACUAUGUAGUAAUGAGAGAUCCCCGCACCAGGCGCUCCCGAGGCUUUGGGUUUGUCACUUUCAGCACCAUCGGGGCAGUGGAUGCAGUCAUGAAUGCAAGGCCACACAAGGUGGAUGGAAGAUAUGUGGAACCAAAGAGAGCUAUCUCCAGAGAAGAUUCUCAAAUACCUGGUGCCCACCUCACCGUGAAAAAGAUUUUUGUUGGUGGCAUCAAAGAAGACACGGAAGAGCGUCAUCUAAGAGAGUAUUUUGCACGUUUUGGGAACAUUGAGAUGAUUGAUGUCAUAACUGACCAAGGCAGUGGAAAGAGGAGAGGCUUUGCUUUUGUGACUUUUGAUGACCAUGAUUCUGUAGAUAAGAUUGUCAUUCAGAAAUUCCAUAUUGUGAAUGGCCACAACUGUGAAAUAAGAAAAGCCUUGUCUAAGCAAGAGAUGGCUAGGGUUUCAUCUAACGUAAGGGGCCACCGUGGUUCUAGACACUUUGGUGGUGGUUAUGGAAGUGCUUUUGGUGGGAAUGCCAGCUUUCUUUAUGGAGGAGGCAUCGGUGGGCAAGGUGCUUUUGGUGGCAGCAUGGGUGGUGGUGGAUUUGGUAGCAAUGCUUUUGGCUAUCAGGGAUAUGGUAAUGACAGCAGUUUUCUAAGUGGUGGAAGUUACAGUGAUUUUGGCAAUUACACCACUCCGUAUUCGUAUUUUGGGCCUAUGAAGGGAGGAAACUUUGGUGACCCAAACUCAGGCCCCUAUAAUGAUGUCAGCCAAUAUUUUGCCAAACCACGAAACAAAAGUGGUUAUCGUGGUUCCAGCAGAGACAAAAAACUUUAAUUGUCAGGAAAGCUCAGACAAGGAGAGCCAGAGAAGUGAAAAGAGAGCUACAGGUUACAAAAGAUUUGUGAACUCAGCCAGACACAGUGAUGGCAAGAUUUAGCUCUACAAAAAAAGACAUGUUUUAGAUAUUGUUGGUUUGAAUGGGUAAAAAAUUUCAGGACUGUAUUUUUAAUAACUAUGUAACUGUUCAUUUUUCUUCUGUGGAAAGUGGAGAGCAUUGUGCCAAAGGAUAUUUGUGUAGAUUCUCUUUUGUAGCGUUGAUAUUGAUUGCUAAGUGUAAUAAUCUUACCAUAAUACUGACUAAAUGUGUGUAUCUUAAAGUGUGCUGUGUAAAGUUAGUGUAUUCUGAAGCAAUCUUGGAAACUUUCCUCCCAGUAGGGUAAUAUUAGAAUUCUUCAGAGUGAUGCCAGUUUCCCUUUGAAAUUCAUUUAUAUCCUGCUUGAGCAGAGAGUCAUUGUCUUCAGAAAUCUUGGUAUAGUUUGCUGACCUUUACUGUAUGUGACCUGGAGUUCAAUCUUAAAAGGGUCACUCAAGCAGAGUCUGUGGAGUUAAUUUGGUUGUUGUUGGUACAUCUUAUGUAAUGUAACUAAAUUGAGUAACGGUACCAGGUAAAAUUUUGGAUGGUACUGAGUAUUCUGUAUAAUGCUUUCUUAUAUGUAAACAGUAAAUUGUUAGUAUCUUCUUUAAAAAAUAAA